UCAUCGUCGUCGUCAUCGUCGUCGUCUGCGGUGGGCUGCUGGCGCGCCUUGGCUGCCUUCUCCUUCAACGCCGUCCAUUUUUUGUACCGUUCGGUAUAGUACUCGGCUAGUCGCUGGCUCCACCAAUCAUAGGCCAGCCCCAGGCCGCAGUUGAGCCGCUCGCGCUCCUUCUUACCCAGCAGGAGCUUCGUGAACACAUCUUCUAGCACGGCGCUGGUCGACGGGUUCAACAGCGCCGCCUCGUACUCUCGCAGCGAGUUGUACACCUUCAACUUUAGCGGCUGCUGGAGCAACCACAGGAUGUGACACGCGGCUGGGAGCUGCCACAUGCCACGAAGUUCCGCGAGCUCGUCCAAGUGGACGUUCGUGCCGUGCCAGUCGGACAUGUCUUCGUCGUAGAAAGGUUGGCCGAUCAAACUCAGCACGCCUUCCGACACCCUCGAUGCGUCGCGAGGGACCGAGGAGGGUGCCGCUGCUUUCGACACUUGCUUGACCCUAGCAGCAGGUGCCUCCUUUGCCGGUGAAGGCGACGACUGCUCAUCGUCAUCGUCGUCGCUGGAAGGUUGCUCGGGGGUUGGUUUCUUGCCUCGCGACGGUGUCUGUCGGGUGGACUUCCGCGCUGCUGCUUGCUGCGGCGCCGCGACCUUGGCCUUCUUGACGCUGACUUCUACUUGGAACAGCGUCGGCUUGACGCGCUUCCGCUUCUCCCACAGCAUCAACGACGGGUCGGCCAUGGUCUUCACGCCACAAACUUAUCCAACGAGCAAAUCCUAUUGCGUACGCCCCGACUAAUGCGUUCAGUAAAGUACGCGAUACUCUGUGUUCCGUCGCCAUUCACUUCCAUCUCGCUCGAUUGACCGUUUGACAUGGCGACGAUCCCGAACUUCCAGAACUUCAAUGCGUUUGAAGAUGCUGCCGACAACUCUGGCAUGGGGAGUGGCAAGGUGCACGUUCGAGUACAACAACGCAACGGGCGCAAGUGUAUUUCGACGGUGCAAGGUCUGGCGGACGACUUGGACAUCAAGCGCAUCUUGAAGGCAUUCAAGAAGAACUUCAGUUGCAACGGCGCGAUCGUCAAGGACGAAGAGGCGGGCGAAGUCAUCCAGUUGUCGGGGGACCAACGUACAAAUGUGAAAUCGUUCUUGGUCGACCAAGAGAUCUGCACGGAAGCUCAGAUCCAGCUCCAUGGGUUCUAGAUUGAUAACUAUAACGACGAUAUAUACCUUACUUGGAACA